AUGAUUAGACGAACACAGAGUUCACGAAUACUCAUCAAUCGCUUGGCAUCCUAUCCUCCCGAGUCUACAUUGCUCAUAAACAGACGUCAUAGUAUUUUCCAUCAAGAAAUCCACGAAUGUCCAAGGAUAACAAUAAGGUGA